AUGGAUGGCGUGGGUCGGUUGAUUUUAUGGUUUGCAUUCAUCUGUUUUUCUGGAGUUGGUAUUAUGUUCACCACGUUCUUUCACAACAAGGAAGAGAUCAACCAAACGUAUUUUCCACUGUCCGCUCGUACACUGAGAUAAUUUUCCUACCCAGCUCUAAACUUGAUCAUGUCUGCUCCAUCUCUACUUUUUUGGAGUGUUUCUGUGAAACUAAGCGCGUUUCUUUCUUACACAAGCUGGCUCGUUGUUUUGAUUCAAUGGUAUGAUGAUGGUGUUUACUGCAUCUGCCACCAGACACCCAGAGACUCAGUGUCCAAACGUACUUCUCAACUGUCCCAAGACGAAUUAAAACAAAUCAAAUUGGUGAUUGACGAACUGAAGAUAAAUAGUUUUGCGCUCUAUGAAUGGGCUCAGCACUUGGAACAAUAUCCCUAG